AUGGCCGGUGAAGAUCCACUCCCUUCUCCACGAAACCCUAACAUCCCAACUACCUCUUCUACCUUCGACUUGUCGUUUCCACCAUCAAUGUCGCUUAAUCCUACUGUUCUUGAACAAUACACCAACUCUUAUUUUCUUCACCAUUCCGAUAGCACCAAUCUUGUUAUUGUCUCCAAUUUACUCACUGAAACGAAUUACACAUCUUGGAGUCAAGUUAUGGUCAUCGGUCUCAUUGUGAAGAACAAAUUGGGGUUUGUUGAUGGAUCCAUUCCACGUUCAACAGGUGAUUUGCUCAGUUCUUGGAUUAUCUGCGAUGGUGUAGUCACUGCCUGGAUUCUCAAUUCAUUACCCAAGGAGAUAUCUAUAAGCAUCAAUUUCGCUGAUUCUGCUCGGAAAAUUUGGGUUGAUCUUCAAGAACGAUAUCAAUGCAAGAAUCGUCCAAGAGUCUUCCAACUUCGACGUGAGUUAUCGAAUCUUUAUUAA